UUGAUAGGCCAUAUUGCAGAGCAACAUGGAGCUCUUCUACCGUCAGAAAGCUGUGCUCGUUCGCAUUAUGGAAAUAAGUGCUCGUCCGUCAUUUAUAUUAUUUAUGCUAUUUCCCGGUUUGAAAGUACUUCCAUAUUACAAGGACAUUCAGUAAAGAAGUCAGUGAAAAUGGCAAUAUCAUGUUUGAUAUGUUCGACACACAAAUCGAAAUCCAUAAGAAAGAAAUUGAUUUUGAUAGCGUGGAAAGCACUGACUACGUUCGAAGCUUAUCUGAAAGAACAGAAGCGUCACGAAAAUGAGCCCAAUUAUGGAGGAUUCAGCCACGCCCAGCUGCGUAAUAUGUGUUUCGAUUUAUGGCUGGCUGGAAUGGAAACGACUUCGAACACACUUUACUGGGGAGUACUGUAUGUGGUAUUGCAUGAUGAAGUGCAGAAGUCCAUACAUCAAGAAAUGGAUACUGUAAUUGGUUCUGGAGGACGUUUAAUCACGAAUGCUGAUCGCGCCAAUCUCCACUAUAUGAAUGCAGUAAUCAAUGAAAUCCAACGGCUCGCUAAUCUUUUGCCAGUGAAUGUGUUUCAUGAAACCACAUGUGAUGUCGAGAUCGAGGGCUAUCAUAUCCCCGCUGGAACACUUGUAUUACCACAGAUCUCCACUGUUAUGUACGAUGAGAAGGUCUUCCCAAAGCCUUACGAAUUCGAUCCUCGUCGACACCUCUCCGAGAAUGGAACUUUUGUACGGAUUGACGAAGUGGUUCCAUUUUCAAUGGGAAAAAGGCAAUGUUUGGGUGAAAGCAUUGCACGAAUGGAGCUGUUCCUAUUUCUUGCCAAUUUUUUCAAUAAAUUCGAGGUUACCACCCAUGGCAACCAACGGCCAUCAACGGUGAAGAAAUUUGGCGCUACAGUACGAGCACAGGACUUUUCCGUGGUUCUCAAGGAAAGGCAUUAG